GAGCCGGGGUUUGUGGUGUGAGAAGUCAAUGAUAGAAGUGAAAAAUUAUUCACGAAAUCUAAAUACAUAACCUAGAUUCGAUCCAAUGUAUUAAUUAGUUGAACAUGUUUAAUUCAAACCUUGGGAAUUGGACAAACGGAUACGUUUUCAUUUUUCUCAAAAACAACUUUAUAUCGAUGGAGUGCGUUUGAUUUGACGGCUUGCACAUGCGCAGUUCGGCGCGAKACGACAGUUAGACCCAAUGCGGGUUUCUACGAUUGAGUUUAGAUAUCCAACGUCGCCAUGACAUCGCCUACAAGUGUGAUCGGGGAUUUCUAUUGGAGAAGCAGUUUUAGCCUAUCUUCAUAUUGUACUGUCUUUGACAUAGGUCUUCGCAUAAAUCAAAGCAACUGGUUGCUAUGGCAUCGGGGAGAGGUCGUGCCGUCAACCAAUCAGAGACGAAUUCCCACGGUCUCAUAAACCAAUGAAAAUUGGACUCUGGGAAUAGCGGAAAUACAUGAAACCCAUAGCACUAAUAUUUUUUUUUUGAUCAUACCGUGUGUUUAUAGGGAAUCUCGAGUUGAUGAUCGCCAAAACCCAAGAAUCCCUCCUGCACAGAGGAGAGAUCAGGAAAGGAGGGAUCAAAAUAAACAUCAACAGAGAGAGUCUGCGUGGGUGGUCGUCCGACAGCCCUGCUGCACGGUGUCCCUGAGGAGGGAGGCUAAUGUGCGUGGCGUCACUGUGCUCCGGAUCAGGGUCAGUGGAGAAUGAGUCCGGCCGUGGAGGCUCAGACCAUGCAGGCCAAGCAGCAGCAAACGCAGCAUCAGCUACAACACUAUCUGGAGAAAGGAGUCCCGCUUGAGCCCUUCAUGCACCAGGUGGGGGGUCACUGCUGCGUGCUGCGUUUUGGAGAGCAGACCAUCUGCAAGCCCCUCAUCCCCCAAGAGCACCAGUUCUACAAGAGCCUACCCAGCGCCAUGAGGAAGUUCACCCCCCAGUACCGAGGUGUGGUAUCUGUGGGUUUUGAAGAGGAUGAGGAGGGCAACCUGUGUCUCAUAGCGUACCCCCUGCACAGUGACUCUGGGGUUGGGCACCUGGAGAAUAUAGAUCUGUCGGUCAACGGCGAGCCAUACAGCAAGAUGCUGCACUGGGGCAACAAGCAGCUGUCUGCCCGGAGUCUGCUGGACUCACACGAAGACAAGGACAAGAGUCAUAAGCAUGAGGAGGAGGAGCUGGAGUGGCUGCAGCAGGAGGAGGUGCCUCUAGAAGGCAGCAACGCCAUCCAACACAACCCCUGGAGACUCCAACUCCAACAGAAACACCUGCAGAGGAUGAAGGAGAACGCCAAGCACCGCAACCAGUACAAAUUCAUCCUGCUGGAGAACCUGACGUGGCGACACACGGUUCCGUGUGUGCUGGACCUGAAAAUGGGCACGCGGCAGCACGGUGACAACGUGUCCGAGGAGAAGAAGGUCAUGCAAAUCCGCAAGUGCCAGCAAAGCACUUCAGCCUCCAUCGGAGUACGCCUCUGUGGCAUGCAGGUAUACCAGUCAGACUCGGGUCAGCUCAUGUUCAUGGAUAAAUACAUUGGGCGUAAACUGACCCUGUCGGGCUUUAAGGAAGCCUUGUUCCAGUUCUUCCAUGACGGGCGGCGUCUGCGGCGUGAGCUGCUCUCCCCGGUGCUGCGGAGGCUCAGGGAGAUGCAGACAGCCCUGGAGAGCUGUGAGUCCUACCGCUUCUAUUCCUCCUCCCUACUGAUCAUCUAUGACGGCGAGCCGCCCUGCACACAUGCACACAGGGCCCCCGAGGACGGUCUGUCUGAGGAGGAAGUGGAAGAGGAUGAAGAGGCAGGUGCGUUUGGGUUUACCCGCAGUAGUAGUGGUAGCGCUGGUGGUGGGUGCCUGGCAGCCCGAUCUGAUACAGGCCCUGACCCGGCGGUGGACGUGAGGAUGAUUGACUUUGCCCACACCACCUGCCCCGACUUUGUGGAGGACAGUGUGGUGCACGAGGGCCAGGACAGUGGCUACAUCUUUGGUCUGCAGAACCUCAUCGCCAUCAUCUCCAAGCUGGAGGACCACAGCACAGACUAAAACAGUCAUCUUCUCUCUUUUGGACUCAUGGAAAAAGCAUCACACUGGACUACAGAGGCUGGCCUUAGGGGCAUGCUGAACAUGGCUGUAGCCUGUUUUCCACAAGGUCCUUGUUUCUGUUCUUGGUGCUUAUUUUGGGUGUUUUUGUUUGUGUCAGUGGGGGAUAAAAAGGGCCCUGAUGGUUCAUGUUUAAAGAGACAUUUGCGAUCUUCAGUUUAGUUAACUCAGUGAGUUGUCACCCUUAUCUGCUUACUGACCGCAAGCACGGAUUCCAACAGUUCCUGCUGCCUUAUAUACACACAAACACAUGCACUGAUGUUGAUGUGUGCUACUGAUGGGGCAGGUUUGAGAAAGCAAAAGAGAGAAACUGCUGUACCUGUGUGAAAUUAAAGUUGCUAAGGGAAAACAUCUUC